GUUCCCUGAAUGGACCGGGACAAUCCCUCAGAUUACAGGCUGACCUACAGGAUUUGUUUCAGGAGAUGCACCUGCCUCCACCGGAAACCGACCAGAAGCAGAAGGUGUGGGGUUAUUUUAUCCUCCCGGUAGAUUCCAGCAUAAAGCGAUUUUUAUUUUUGGGAGAUUUAUUACUUAGAUUUAAUAUUUUCCUGUGAGGUUUAAUACAGAGGGAUCCAGUUUGGAUGGUUUUACGCAGAUACUCUGGAUGAAUUGUUCUCAGAUGAUGUGCGGCUGGUAAAGGUGUGAGUUUGUCAUCAGUUUUCUCCAAUCUGAUAAUGAAUAAUAUUCCUGCUUCCGGUGGAAACCUCAGCUUUAAUCCUCCCAGAUUCCCACGCAAAGAUGGAUUGCGCCCUGACAGCCAGCCGGGGACGUCGCGGCCUCACUGGAUGAAUUUUUCUGCUAUGUUUGCGUCUUUUUGGCUGAACUGAAAAAAAAAAGUAAAGAAAGCGUCACCGUUUGUCCCUCCGCCGGUGCCUAAAAUGAGGAGGACGGUUCUUAAAGAAGCCGCAAAGCGCUUCCCCUGGGUGGCCAACGUCACCCUGUACGGCUGCCUGUUUGCCGGCGGGGACCUGGCGCACCAGCUCAUCGCGCAGAGGGAGCGCAUCGACUGGAAACACACGCGCAAUGUGGCCAUCGUGGCCAUCACCUUCCAGGGGAACUUUAACUACUUCUGGCUGCGCGCUCUGGAGAAACGUUUUCCUGGGAAAUCCGCAGGGAUGGUUUUCCGCAAACUGCUGCUGGACCAAAGCUUUGCGUCACCUUUGGCUACCAGCGUCUUCUAUACAGGCGUCAGCUUCCUGGAAGGUAAGGAGGACAUCUUUGAGGACUGGAGGGAGAAAUUCUUCAACACCUGGAGGACUGGACUCAUGUACUGGCCUUUCAUGCAGUUUCUGAACUUCGCCCUGAUGCCGCUGCACAUGCGGACAGCCUUCAUGGGCUGCUGCGCCUUCCUCUGGGCCUCCUUUCUAUGUUUCUCACGGCAGAACGGGGACGGCACCGCCACCGUGGCCCUGGCAUUCAUCAUGGACCCCCGGAAAACGCUGGAGGAGAUGCGGGAGGCUCGAUUAGCCCGCAAGAGGCACAGAAUCCAGAGAGAGAACUGAUGGAGAUGCUGCCAUGAUAGCCUUUGAUUUUCAGCUGAGGAAAACAACCUGCAUGCUUCUGCUCCAGCAGCAUCCAGCAGCUGAAAGGCAACAGACCCACUAAGGACCAACUCUGUCUCAUGCACAGAACGCAUAAGGACAUAAAACAUGCAGCAACGUCUGAUAAAAAACUGUAAAGUUGCUUCAGCUUAAUCAAACUGAUAAAUCGUGACAUACCCAUAUAUGGACUGACACAGCCGCUGAAAGUUUAGGGAUUGAAACCGUUUAUGCAGUAAAAUUGAUGCCAGGCAGCUGAAAAAAGCACAACAUAAAAACAAAAAAACAUGAAUAUGGGGCGACCAGUUUAAUUAAAGGAAGGAGGAUGCAGAAAUGCAUUAAAUAAAUGACCCAUUUUGAGAAGUAUUUUUCUCAUGAAGGCAUACAUUUAUCUGCAUGCUAUCAUAUAAGCCCAUAUUGGCUUUAAAAUUGAAUAUCACCCAUUCCACCAAUGUAAUUCACCGAUAUAUAACACACUGUUUAUUUGACAAAAACACCGGUGGCAGAGGUCAGGUUUGUGUUAAUCAAUGAAAUACUGCUGUAACUAUAUGUUAUUUAAUGAAAUUACUUUCAAACGAUGCUUUCCUCUGUGAACAAAUGCCCCACUGGCGGUUUGAAAGUGUGGUUCCUGCUCACAUCUCGGUCAAACAGACAACUCUGCUCACACGUGGAGUAAAUUCACAACUACUUCCUUUAAAAAAGAUUUUUGAAAUCAAAAUCAUUCAACUCCAAGUCAAACAUAUUUCAGUUAAAAACCCUUAACUGUAGUAAAGAAACUCAACUAAAUUAAGCUAUUAUUUACAAAAAGGAGAUUAUGGUUAAAAAACAAAAUUAAUCAAAUGAUAUAACGAUUUUUACGGUUUCACAUGGAUUUAUGUUUGAGAACCAAAGUUUAAAUUAAACGUUUUGAAAUGAGGACAAAUUAGCAUUUAAAUUAGGCCUUAAUUAAAAUGUCCAUCCAUCC